UUUCUGCCUUGCCCCCUGGUUCCUUAUCCUCCUCUUCAGACCCUUUUGCUCUCGCGGUGCUGAAGGAAGACAUCUCCACUUGCAGGUUGUCCAAGUAGCAGGUGGUCCUGAGUCUCGUCCACUCUGUCCUUUGUGGCUCCCUGUACGGAUGCUCAUCCUGCCCUGAACCUGGGAUUCUUUCUUUCCUUCUCCUGCACUUACCCUCGCAGCCAUGCGGCGUCCACCCAUCCCUCUUUUCCUCCUCCCCAUCUUCCUCCUCUUCCUCCUGCCCUGCUCGGAGGCAGCGAAAAAGAAGGCCAAGCCAAAGGGCGAAGACGAGGGACGUCCCGCGCUGGCCUCCGGGGAGUUGAGCACCAAGGAGGGCCACCGCUGCACCUGGGAGGCACAAGAGGGCCGCAACAACAACAUCCUUCUCCAGGUCAGCUGCUCUGACCCCACUGAGAAGGAGGAGGGCGAGGAGUCCAAGCACUCCUACAGCUGCCAGUUCUCAGGCAAGCCCCUAGAGUGCCCGGCCUACGUAGACAAGCCUGCGCAAUACUGGAAGCAAGUGGUGGGGAAGCUGAAGAAGCGGACCAACGCCUGCGAGGGCGAGAAGGUGCUGAAGACGCGCCUGUGCAAGAAGGCGCCGGCCGCCGCCCACAUGAAGCUAGCCGAGAGGAAGGGAGAGGGCCAGAAUGACGGGGGGAAGAAGAAAGUGGGGAAUAAGGAAGGGGAGAAGGAGAAGGAGAAGCAGGUCAAGGGGGAGAUGAAGGAGGAGGAGGAGCUAAUGCAGGGAGACAGCGUCAAUGAGUUUGGGGAAGUGAGCGACGGGGCCGCGGACACGGAACCGGCCGAAAGCUACUGCGGAGAGGGCUGGCAUUCCGUCUGCCACUUCUUCACCAAGCUGCUAGACGGCUGAAGAUGUUAAGAAGCCGUGGCUGUCGUAAGAAAACCUCGUAACUUUUUUUUAGUUUUUAUUUAUUUUUUUUAAGUUUAACUUAAGUUUUUUAAGUUACAUUAAUGUCGACAAGUUAAGAACCGUCCCGUAAAGUUGCCGUUCCAGAGAGGUUUUCUUACAACAGUGGCGGAGUUUAAAAUGAUCCCUGGUCAAGUAUGCAGGCGGGUGGACCAGAAAAAAAUACACAAACAGAUUAGAGAUGAUGUUGAGUAUUAUCAAGGAUGUCAACUUCUGUAAUCUAAUUCAUGCUAUGUAAAGUUCUUAAUACUCAUUUUUCAAUUAAUUAGCCUAAUGUGGCUAUUGACACAACACUGUAUGACAGCUUUAGGAAGUAGUUCUGAGAUUAGUUGGUAGUUUCUUUGUAUAUUUAGUGCUUGUUAAGUAACUAGGUUUGGCUAAAACUUUGUAAAUGUUUUACAGACUUGAAUAAACUUACAAUUUGUAUUUAAAA